GAUUGUAUUGUUGGUAUAAUUUUAUGAGGUCACCGAUGAAUUCAGCUCGAAUAUAAACAUAUAUUUCUCCUCUUUCACCUCAUAAAUGCUCUCUUCCCUCUUCUGCACUCAUCUUCUCUCUCUACUGAAGACCUAAGAAUUAAUUACAUCCACUUUUCUCUCUCCGCCUCUCAAUAUCACAUUUGGAAAAUGUCCACCUAUUAUGCACAACCACCGCCGCUCUCUUUCACUUCCGUCAACGGUGGUGCAAUUCCCAGCACCGUCCAAGAGAAUACAAACGAUAAUUCCCCUUCUUCUUCUUCUGUUUCUUCUUCGAUUAUGAUUGUUAUCAUCAUUAUUGCCUCCGCCGUUAUUCUUUCUGCUUCCAUUUACCUCCUCCUUCGCUUACUCUCCCGCAGCUCCUCCCGUACCUACUCCUCCGCCGACGACGUCGUACCACAUUCCGCAGCCUCUGGACAUCGAUUCUCGGGUAGACUGCUUCAGUCAUUGCCACUAUUCAGUUUUGGUUCUGUGACUGGCAAUUUGACUGGAAUUGACUGUGCAGUUUGUCUCUCAAAAUUUGAACAGCAUGAUCAGCUCCGUUUGCUUCCACUUUGUUGCCAUGCUUUUCACAGUGAUUGUAUCGACACGUGGCUUGUAACUAACCAGACUUGUCCGCUUUGUCGCUCUAAUGUGAACCCUGCCGAAGCAGAUGUACUCAGCAAAGUAUUGGCAGCAACAAACUCCGACGGACGUACUAUAGGCACUCCUAAUAGCGGUAGUUUUAGACUAGAAAUAGGGAGUGUAAGUCGAAGACGGGUCGGGUUAGAUUCCGUCUCGAGCGAAGGGCGUAGAUCCUAUUCCAUUGGUUCAUUUGAAUAUGUUGUUGAAGAAGGUCACGAACUGUCGAUAGGGUCAAUUCACCGGAGAGGAGUUUCCGAAUGCAGUGGUGAUAAGGAAUCAAUUGGAGUUCCGGUACCGGAGCCUCCGGGGGAGAGUUUAACUGCUGAUAUUUCAGGCGGACGGAGUUGGCUACGUGAUUACGUCGACAGAAUUGCGUCAUUCCGGAGCUCCGGUAGGUUUUUCAGUGGUAGUAGCCGGCGGAGUGACGUCGUCGUUCCUGUUGACGAUAUGGAGGCUGGCCAGAUUGGGGAGGAAAUCAGCGAGUACUUUCGCUGGCUCUCAGGGGUAUGAUUUUGCACAUUCCGUUAGCAUGGAAGGGGCAAAUUCGUCUAUUUACGACACUUCUAUACAAUGGAUAAACACUAAACAAAUUUUUUUUGCUAUAUCUACUCUCUGUCUAACAUUUUUUUGCGAGUGGGUUUAGCAAGAAUUAA